AUGUCGCCAGGGACCCUCUGGAACCUGGUGAACGGCUGGUUACCUGCAUCAGGGCAAGAAAUUCCCUCAAUUGCAUUGGCCUACCGGGUUGGAAUUGAGACGGCACGUCUAUGCACUCACCUGUCCUGUCGCGCUCUCUGGGCACGACUCAAGGACCACGUCAUGAAGACGCCUACCACAGCAGACUGGGCACAUGUUCUUGAAGGUUUUGCCUCGCGGUGGCAGUUCCCCAACUGCUUGGGAGCUGUUGAUGGCAGCAUUGUCGCAGUCGUCUGUCCUCGGAAGUCUGGCAGCACAUAUUUCAACUAUAAGGGAACAUUUUCCAUAGUAUUGAUGGCAGUCGUUGACAGUGAAUGCAAGUACGUGCUCAUUGAUGUGGGCGCCGAAGGUCGGCUAAGCGAUGGAGCGACAUUCAAGAACUUUGGCUUUGGCCGUGCCCUCAGUCAUGGCCAACUUGACAUCCCCUCGCUUGGGCGACUUCCAGGCACAUCAACAAACGCCCC